AUGAGAUCGAUGUUGGCGGUGGGGCGCCACAAGAUUCAGAUUGCCAAUUAUCUUUCUGAGGGAGGGUUCUCGAAGAUCUAUAAGGUAAAAGUUGAUCCUCCAAUUGAUAAUCAAAUAGCCGAAGCAUGUCUCAAACAAGUAGUUGUACCCGACAAGAAUGCCCUUGAAGUUUUACGGAAGGAAGUGGAGGUGAUGAAGACGUUGAAGGGGUGUCGGAACAUUGUCAACUUGUUUGACUCUAAUGCUGAGAGACAAGAAUAUGGAGGGGGGUAUCAAGUGUUGAUGCUUAUGGAGUUGUGUCCCAAUGGGUCGUUAUUGGACUAUAUGAAUGCCAACAUUGAGACAAAGCUACAGGAGAAGGAGAUCCUAAAGAUAAUGAUGGACAUCUCUGUGGCAGUGUAUGAAUUGCACAAGAAGGACUUAGUUCAUCGGGAUAUUAAAGUGGAAAACGUGCUUAUAGACCACCAGAAACGGUUUAAACUAUGUGACUUCGGAUCAACCCUGUCAUACAAAAUGCCUCCGAAGAACCUGGAAGAGUUCCGGACUUUAAGUCAUGAUAUCUUAUACCAUACAACGCAGCAGUACCGAGCUCCGGAAAUGAUUGACUUGUAUCGACAGCUUCCCAUAGACGAUAAGGCUGACAUCUGGGCUUUAGGGUGUUUUCUUUAUAAGCUUUGUUAUUAUAUCACUCCCUUUGAAGCUACGGGUGAUUUGUCGGUGUUGCAUGCUUCGUUCCAGUUCUACAACACUCCAGUGUUCUCCAGUGACUUGAAGAAUUUGAUCAUCAUUAUGCUCCAGGAGAACCCUGUUUACCGACCAAACAUUGUCCAGGUGAUCAUCUUGUUGGCAGGAAUGCUUGGAGUAGAGUUCCCUUCGUUGUAUGUCCAAGACUUUUAUAAUAACGGACCAUACAACUUCCACAGUCUACAUGAAUACCAAGUGUUGAAACAGAAGGAAUUGGUUCACCAACAGCAGUUGUACAUCCAACAGAAUGCCAGGAAAACCAAUAAAAGAAUCAUAGACCCCACCCAGUUUCAGCAAUUCCAACUGCAACAACCUCAACAAGUUCCCGACCACUUGAAUGCUCACAGCACGUUACCUCAUCAAGAUGCAAUGGUACCCAACUCAAGUAUUCCGGAGAAGCUCCAGAAACAAUUACAUCAACAAGUUCAAAUACAAUCGACUCCUGUUCCUCUGAAAUUGUCGAACCAAAUAGCAACUCUGCUGCUGAACCCAACUACGACCACGACUGAAGUUGAUUCGAAGGCACUGAAUAAUGAUAAUAAACCUAAUACCACCACUACUUCUCCUAUUGUCGUAACUAAUGGUGAUGUUGACUCAGACUUGGAUGACCUUACAAACAUAGACAAUGUGGAAGAACGGUUCCCACUGCUUGAUUAUUUCAAAGUAGAUGCUGGUGCUGGUGGUGGUGCUGGGGGGGAUCAACCAGCUGAUAUUUUUACCAAUGGUGCUGUUUCCUCUGAUAAGGGUAUCUCCUCUGAGGUUAGUACAGAUACCCCGGUUAAGACCGAUAAGAGUGCUGUAGUAGGCAAUGUUGAGUCCGGGAAUCCAGUUAUUGUACAACCUUCUGCAAAACUCACUGCCCAAAAUUUGGCAAAAAAUCGUCCUGAUUUCACAAGUAGUAAUUCGGUUAACAAGAACACUUCUUUGAUUGUGGACGAUAUUUUUAACACUGGGUCUCCACUGUUAAAGCCUCAGCCACAGAAAACCAAUCAAAGUGUCAAAUCAGAUAGUUCUAAAUUGCUGAGAUGGAGUACUUCUGGUGAAGAACUGAAUGUCAACGAUGAGAAUACUACCAUUAGAAAUAAUGAAACAUUAAAGAUUACUACGGAGUUCCUGGACCCUAAUUGGAAAGUUAUUGGCAUUAAGUCAACAUCAUCUACAACCAAUGAAGGUGCAGCAAAGAAGUUGUCACCCGAGAAAGAUAUAUUACUGCCUAAAGAUGCAAAUCCAUGGGGUUUGUAUCGUUCUACUGGAGGUAGUAGUACUAAUACUGCUGCUGCUGCUCAACGGCCUCUACCAGUUCCCGCCAAGCAUGAAGGUCUACUUCCUGAGCAUUUUAAUGUGCUCAGUCUCAAAGACGGAAAGGAACAAAUAAUGUUGGAGCAAAGUCUUAUUGACUUGGAUGCUGAUGUUAAUCCUCCCUCCCUCCCCCAGCAACCAAAUAAGCACGUUAAAGAGGUCCAGAAUUCGCUUUUAGAUCUCGGAGUUGACUUCCCUUCCAGGAACUCUUCUGCCACCAGUGUAACUGGUGGUGUCGAUUACGGUAAGAAUAGCGGACGUAGCGGUCAUAAACGGAUAUCUUCAGUUACAGCACCAGCUAACUUUUCCUUACAAGAGCAAGUCAUUGACUUUGAAUCUGAUAAUGAAGAGAGCUCAGAAAUGAACAGAUUGUCCAUACGGAACUCAUUGAAGAAACAAGGUAGAAAGUCAUCGGAGCUUGUACGAGAAGGAGGGAAGAGAAAGGAAAGUAGCGAGCGGAAACGGAAAGAAAGCACCGAGAAGAAAAGACUUUCGUUUUUUGGUUGA